AUGGCUAUGCUUGUAAAAACUUUAUUAAUAAUAUGUAUACCUGUUAUGGUAGCUUUUGCUGGAAACUUAUACCAAGAUGUUGGUAUCACUUGGGGAAAUGGAAGAGGUAACAUUCUCAACAAUGGUCAGCUUCUUACUCUCUCUCUAGACAGAACUUCUGGCUCUGGCUUUCAAUCCAAUAAUCAAUAUCUUUAUGCUAAGAUUGACAUGCAAAUCAAACUUGUACCUGGAAAUUCAGCUGGCACUGUCACAGCUUAUUAUUUACGUUCAGAAGGGUUAUCUUGGGAUGAAUUAGACUUUGAAUUCUUAGGAAAUUUAAGUGGUGAUCCUUAUGUAGUUCAUACCAACGUGUAUACUCAUGGGAAAGGUGACAGAGAGCAACAGUUUUAUCUAUGGUUUGAUCCAACUGCAGAUUUUCAUACCUAUUCCUUUCUAUGGAAUCCUGCACAUGCUGUAUUUUACAUUGAUGGAAGACCUAUUAGGGAGUUCAAGAACUUAGAGAGUGAAGGUGUUCCAUAUCCAAAGAAUCAAGCAAUGAGAUUAUAUUCAAGUCUAUGGAAUGCUGAUGAUUGGGCAACAAGAGGUGGACUUGUGAAAACAGACUGGACACAAGCUCCAUUUACUGCUGCUUUUAGAAACUUCAAAGCAAGUGGCUGUGUUUGGUCCAAUGGAGUUUCUUCAUGCAAAUCCAACUCUUCUUCUGAUAAUGCUUGGUUAUCUCAACAGCUUGAUGAUACAAACCAGAAGAAACUAAAAUGGGUGCAGAAGAAUUACAUGAUUUAUAAUUACUGCAAUGAUCUUAAACGGUUUCCUCAGGGUCUUCCUGUAGAAUGCACUCUUCGUACCAAGUCAUAA